CAACGAUUCAAUGUUGUCAUAUUACUGAAAAAAAAUGAAAUCACAGACACGAGUUUCUGUUUUAAAAGUUUGAAUUUCAUUGAAUUUAGGGCAGGAUGAAUGCAGUAAUUAGUAUUUGCAACUUCUGUGAAUUACAUGGACCUAGUGUGCUCUUUUGCACUCAAGCUUUUCAUGAUACUGAGGAAACUCAAUGGACUGAUGUUAAUUCAGUUGAAAGUUCAAAACCAGGUGUAUCUUUAAAAUCAUGGUAUGGGCCUUCUUUAUUUUCUCAACGUUCUGGUUUAACAGAAACUAGUUCCCCUCCUUUGAAAUCAGAUAAUUGUGAGGGGUGUACAUCUAUGACAAGUAAAAAAAGGGGUUACAUUAGUAAUGAUCAUGAAGCACGAGUGAGUUACGUCAGUAGCCAGUAUCCCUUGCAUCCUGAUGUCUUUAUUGCUGUCAGACAAGCUUGUGUCCGUAGUUUAAGUUGUGAAGUUUGCCCUGGAAGAGAAGGACCAAUAUUCUUUGGUGAUGAUCAUCGAGGACAUGUUCUUAGCCAUACAUUCUUUCUCAAAGACAGUCAAGCUAGAGGUUUCCAGAGUUGGUACAGCAUAAUAAUUGUUAUGCGUGAUAAAUUCUUUUUGCUUAACUCUUGGCAGUUUUUGGUGAAAUUUCUUCAGAAGAUAAUACAUGAACUUCAAGAAAAAGCAAAUAAAGUGUAUGCAGCUGAACAAUCUGAACAGAAUUUGCGAGCAGUACGGUUAAAUAGUGUUACAAGAAUGACAAUUGAUACUUUUCGACGACGGCGUGGUAAUAUAAAAGCCAGAUCACUGGUGGAUCUUACAAAUGAUAAAGAAGUAUUUCCUUAUCUUCACAUGUGGUUUACAUGGAUUUUGAAAGCGGGUGCCAUGCGUAUCAGUGAAAGACUAGUGGAAAGUUUCCCAAAUGAAGAUACUUUCAUUGAUCUGGAAAGGCAAGAAGAAACUGAUGAAGGGUUUAUAAAAAUUCAUCUUGCAAAGACUGAAACUGACACUUCAUCCAAUGUGAAUGAAUUAACUGAAGCUUUAGACAAUAGCCACAUUUCUUCAGACAGGGAAUCUUCAAAUGAUUCAAUUAUUUUCACAUCAGUAAGAGAACUUUUUCAGAUUUUAGGGAAAGAGAAAUUUCAUUGUUUGGCAUAUCAUACAAUUGUUGGAAAUCAAAUAAUUAUCAAAUCUAAUUUCUUACAUUUGAUGAAAUCAAUUAUUACAUGUUUGAAAGAUUUAUUGCCAAGAGGCUGCUUUCAUCCUAUUUAUUACUCUAAAACAUAUGAAGAUUCCUGGAAAUGUAAUUUCUUGGGUAUUGAACCAGAUGUUGCAAUACCUGAUCAUGUUAUUCAGUCUCAAUUGCAUAUCCAAGUUGAAGUAAAUCCCAAGUAUAAAAAUACUACUGUAUCCAGUUUAGAGGACUUUGAAAUAUUAUUUCAUACAACAGCAAUUCUUCCUGAAAAAUCUCCUCAAGUUCUGUCUGAAAUGGAAAGGGCAAUUGCAGAUUCAUCUUUUUCUCCAGCUGCAUUAGAUAGCUUUUUAUACUGUACAAAAGAAGCCUGGAUGAACAAAGUUAAAGUCUUAUUUGCAUAUUCUCGUGGUGGGCAACAUGGUGCAGAUGAGACUGCUAAACUUUUAACUGUACUUGGAGCACAGGAACAUGAUAAACUAGUAUUGAAAUUUUGGAUGACUGGAUUAAGUACACAGUAUAAAACAAGAAUUUUAUCAGCUUCUGUCCAGCAAGGAGGUUUUUCUAUUCAGAAAAGGAACUGAAUUGUUUUUAUUGUACAUAUUUUGUAUGCCUGAAUGUUUCAUAUUGUUUAUUGAAUAACUCCUUUGCAUCAAAUGUAUUGAAAUAUUUUGAUCAGAUUUCAUUUAUUUUAAUGCAUUUUAAAGUUUAUUUGAUUACUAUUUAUGUAUUCUUAUUGAAAAGUUAAGAAUUAUUUAUAAUUAUAUUUUCAUGCUCAUUAAAGAGUAUUCAUUUGCUCUUGAAAGGAAAAUGGUUCAUGUUUCUGCGCUUAAGAGAAAAUAUAUGACCAUAUUAUUCAGAUGUUGUAUAUAGUGUAAUAUUUUGCAAUAAAGAUCAUAAUAUAUUA